GAACACCAGGAAGAACAACGGGAAAGACACCGGGAAAAACAAUGGGGAAAACAAUGGGAAAAACACCGGGAACACCGGGAAAGACACCGGGAAAAACACCGGGAAAAUCACCGGGAAAAGCCCCGGGAACACCGGGAUAAAUGCUGGGAGCACCGGGAACACCUGGAAAAACCCUGGGAAUGCCGGGAAAAACCCCAGGAACACCGGGAAAGACCCCAGGAACAGCGGGAAAAACCAUUGGAGCACCGGGAACAACCCCGAGAACAACGGGAAAAACCCCGGGAACAACAGGAAAAGCUCCGGGAACAGCUGGAAAAACCCCGGGAACACCGGGAACAACCCCGGGAACACCGGGAACAACCCCGGGAACACCGAGCCAACAACAGCCGUCAACGGGAAGAAGCAGAAAGGCAGGAAAAGCUCCCCCAACCCCCAGAGAAACACCUGAAAACGCCGGAAUUCCACGGGAAAACAGCGGGAGAACUCCAGAACCGGGGGAAAAACCCCGGAAAAACCCCCGGAAUGUUCCGGAAAAACCCCCGGAAAAAACCCUGGAAUGUUCCGGAAAAACCCCGGAAUGUUCUGGAAAAACCCCGGAAUGUUCCGGAAAAACCCCGGAAUGUUCUGGAAAAGGCCCAGAAUGUUCCGGAAAAGCCCCGGAAUGCUCCAGAAAAACCCCGGAAUGUUCCGGAAAAGGCCCGGAAUGUUCCAGAAAAGCCCCAGAAAAACCCUAAAAAACCCCAGAAUGUUCCAGAAAAGCCCCGGAAUGUUCUAGAAAAGCCCCGGAAUGUUCCGGAAAAACCCCGGAAUGUUCUGGAAAAACCCCGGGAAAACCCCGGAAUGUUCCGGAAAAGCCCCGGAAUGUUCCGGAAAAGCCCCAGAAAAACCCUGGAAUGUUCUGGAAAAGCCCCGGAAUGUUCCGGAAAACCCCGGAAUGUUCCGGAAAAGCCCUGGAAUGUUCCGGAAAAAUCCCGGAAUGUUCAGGAAAAACCUCGGAAUGUUCCAGAAAAGGCCCAGAAUGUUCCGGAAAAGCCCCGGAAUGUUCCAGAAAAGCCCCAGAAAAACCCUAAAAAACCCCGGAAUGUUCCAGAAAAGGCCCAGAAUGUUCUGGAAAAGGCCCGGAAUGUUCCGGAAAAGGCCCGGAAUGUUCCGGAAAAGGCCCGGAAUGUUCUGGAAAAGCCCCAGAAAAACCCCGGAAUGUUCCAGAAAAGGCCCAGAAUGUUGCAGAAAAGCCCCGGAAUGUACCGGAAAAGGCCCGGAAUGUUCCGGAAAAGGCCCGGAGCCCCCAAGGAAAAGCGCAGGGAAACGGAGCCGGAUUCAAGUUUUUAUUUUGGGGAGGGGUCCUGAGUAGAGCAAUAAAUAAAAAAACCC